AGCUGGCCGGCCGGACGAAGGAAAAAAAACGGCGUUAGCGCUGCGUUUUGGCCACAGGCGAACCUGCUCGCAUUCGUUCGGGACGUGCACGUUUCGAGCCUGCAACAGCUAAGGCUGUCGAAUCAUAACUGUGCUAAACAACAACACUGCAGCACAGUGGUGCUUUUGUGAGCCAUUGACGCCACCGCCGCGCGUUCACCAACCACUACAGACAGCAUGUUCAUUCGCUGCGGCUGCCUCCUGCUGCUCGCACCGCUCACAACAGCCGUCCGACGGGGCCACUCUCAUACACCGUUCGACCAGGACCCGUUCGUCUUCGAUCCAAAAGGAAGACUGCUACAGCUCGACUACGCGGACGCGGCCGCGGCGAAGGGCGCGCCCUGCGUCGGUGUUUGUGCUAAUAACAUAGCGGUGCUCGCCGCGGUCAACGACAAGAUCGCGGACGUCGACGCGCGGCACGCGAUGACUUUUGCCGGCGUCCGCGCCGACGGUUAUGCAUUAGUGGACUUUGUAAGAGUCCACGCCGCGCGCGAGCGCCUGCGCCUGCCGGACGAGGCGCCGGCAACGCGGGCGCUCGCGCUCGCGCUCGCUGACGAGUGCCACACCGUAUGUAUAGGGGGCGGGCGCCGGGCCUACGGCUGCCGGUGCCUGCUGGCCGGUUUAAAUCCGGACGGCGAGGCCUGCCUCUGGUCCGUGGGGCCCGGCGGCGACGCGCGUCAUCAUAAAUCCGGCGUCGCGGCCGUCGGCGCCGGCGCGGCGGCCGUCGUCGAGGCGCUGCGGUCCUUCGCGCCGACGGACGCGGAGGCGGCCAUUGAGGCGGCCGCGGCGGCCGUGCUCGACGCCGCAGAUGAUGGCCAAGUGGCGUCCGUCGUCGCGCUUUCACUAAACGCGCGCGGCCAGGCUUGUUUACGAUGGGGCGCAGACCUUGGCCCUGAGGACCUCCAAUCCGACGCCUGGCGCAUUGCAUGCCGGGAGGCGUUGGCGCCAUCAUCAAACGAAGACCUCGUCGUGUACUAG